CUUCCCAGGACUUCCAUCUUCUCAAGUUUAUACCUGUAAUAUAUACGACAAGUGAAAAUGGCCCAGAAGGAAAGUGACCCGCUUUUGGGCGGCGAAAUCGUCGAGAACAUGUCUGUCUACAACAGUAAGAAUGUCAAAGGGAGUGAUAAGAACAAGAAGAGAUUAUCGCUUUUGAUCCAUUUCGUGACCAUCUCUCUCUUGGGCUACUUAUUCUUCUUCGGUAGCUCCAGAUCUAGCGAAACUGCCAAAGUCGAUCCCUUCAAGAAGAAGAACGUCAUUUUCAUGGUCACGGACGGAAUGGGACCUGCCUCGUUAUCGUUGGCCAGAUCCUUCAGACAGCACAGAGACCAGUUGUCUAUCAACGACAUCUUGACCAUAGACAAGUACUUGAUCGGCUCGUCCAGAACGAGAUCCAGCAACUCGUUGGUCACUGACUCUGCUGCUGGCGCCACAGCCUUUUCUUGCGCCUUGAAGUCGUAUAAUGGAGCCAUUGGUGUCACUCCUAACAAGCAACCAUGUGGUACUAUUCUUGAAGCCUUGAAGUUGCAGGGUUACAUGACUGGUUUGGUAGUGACUACCAGAAUCACCGAUGCCACUCCUGCUGCCUUCAGUGCCCAUGCUGACUACAGAUUUCAAGAGGACUUGAUUGCCCAGCACCAAAUUGGCGAGUAUCCCUUAGGAAGAUCUGUAGACUUGAUCUUGGGAGGAGGCAGAUGCCACUUCUAUCCAUCUUCAGUUCCUGGUGGAUGUCGCUCUGACGCCAGAAACUUGAUUGAAGAAGUUCAGGACGCUGCAACAUGGAACUACGUUGGCAAUAGACAAGAGUUUGACCUUUUGCAACAGGGCCACAACGUUUCUUUGCCAUUAUUGGGCUUGUUGGCCGACACAGACAUUCCGUACGACAUCGAUCGCGACUCUAAAGUGUACCCUUCUUUGGCUGAGCAGGUCCAGGUCGCUUUGACUGCUUUGACUAAAGCUACUGAAAACUCCGAUAAGGGUUUCUUCUUGUUGAUUGAAGGUUCUAGAAUCGACCAUGCCGGUCACCACAACGAUCCUGCUGCCCAGGUAAGAGAAGUUUUGGCUUACGAUGCUGCUUUCCAGGAAGUUAUUAGAUAUAUUGAUGAGUCAGAAACAGAAACUGUAGUUAUUUCUACUUCUGACCACGAAACAGGUGGUUUAGUCACUGCUAGACAAGUCACCGAGAACUACCCAGACUACCUCUGGUACCCAGAAGUUUUGUUAAAGAGCUCCCAUUCUGGUGACUUCUUGGCACACAAGAUCGUUUCUUUCAAGGACAAGAACGAUCUCAAGGCUUUGGAGAAGUUUGUCACCAAGGAAGUCUUGGAAAAGGAUAUGGGCAUAACUUCAUACACUAAAGAGGAAGUGAAGCAGAUUAUUGACAAGCGUAACGACCAAGGAAGAUUAUUGUAUGUUUUGAACAACAUCCUUUCGUUGAGAUCCCAAACUGGCUGGACCACACAUGGCCACUCUGCUGUUGAUGUCAAUAUCUACGCCUACACCAACUCCCCAGCCAUCAAAAAGAAGCUUUAUUCCCAUAGAGAAUACGAGGGCUUGUUAGGUAACCACGAGAACAUUGAAAUUGGUGCAUUCUUGGAAGCUAUCACUGGCGUCGACUUACAGAAGGUCACCAAGUUGGUGCAGAACACCGAACAUUCUCCAAAGAAAGCCGGCGCAGAUCAGUAUUCGGCAGACGAAUUUCACCACAAUCUCUACCAAUAAGUUCAUUUCCCCUCAGUGAUUCAUUCGUUCGCUCAUAUCCAUUACUAUUCUACAAUAUAAACUGUCAUGAUGUAUAAACUAUCAUAAAAUUUAGAAACCGCCAUUAUACUAUUACUACUAUAAAGUUACCUUAAUACAGUUAAAUCUAUUCUUCAUUCCACUGCAUAGCCACAUUCCAAUGGCAUGCUAUUCUAAUAGAAUUGUUGUAUGUAUUCUUCUGUUAAUGCUAGCUUUUAAAUUCGUACUCCAUUGGAGCCGCACCGUCGCAGAGUUUCAAUUCUAACUUUGCCAAGAGUGUUCCAUGCUAAGAAAUUUAUCUCUUUAUUGGUAUUCCUCUAGGAUCAGUUGACCAAUUGAAUUCACCACUGGCCCCCAUGUGCCCUCUUAUAAAUCCGUAUUUACGAACUGAUGGCGUAGUCGACGAAUAUAGAGUUGAACAAUUAGAACAAACAAUCAGAACAUCGACUUCCGGUCAAUGCUAAGAAAAAAUUGCAGUGGCUCCAGUGUCUGGUAUGGAUGCCCCUAAUAUCCAUACCUCCUUGCCAAAAUGUCUUGGUAGAAACGUUUCUCUCCCAAUUCUCUUGACCAAGAAUGAAGUAUUAUUUGUAAG